UCAGCCGGCAACAGGAUCCAUCUCUGACAGGAGCCCCAGGACUCGGGUUGAUCCAGUGACAGACACGGCGAUGGCCCCAAAGGGACCCCGCCCCUUGCUCUUCCUGACCCUGGUCCUGCUGGCCGCCUGCCUGGCCCAGCUCAGCGAAGGCGCCAGCUACCGGCAGUUCCUGAACCGACAUGUUGACUUCCCCAAGAGCGGCGGUGGCAACAACCGGCUCUACUGCAACCGCAUAAUGCAGCGCCGAGGGCUGACCCACCCUGUCUGCAAACCCACCAACACCUUCAUCCACGCCCCCACCAGCCAGGUCCAGGCCAUCUGCAGGGGGGCAGGGAGAUGCCACGGACGCAACUUCUGCGACAGUAACUCAUCCUUCCACCUCACCACCUGCCGGGUGGCACCCGGCUCCCGCCCAGGGCGCUGUGUUUACAGGGGCAGAGUCCAGACCCGCAGGAUUCGUGUGGCCUGUAACCAGAGGCUGCCCGUGCACUUCUCCAGAAUCCUGUAGACUCCGGGCUCUGGCCAUGGGCUGGGAGCAGGGGUGCCCCUGUUCCCCCGCUUUCGCUGCUGGGGGCUUUCCUGCCCCAUCCCUGUCCCUGCGCCUCCUGGGACAAUGUUUGCCACAAAUACAUUGAGCGUCUCCCCUUAUCCCACAGGCCAGCAGCUUCAGGCCUGUGGGGGUGUUUCCCAUGCUGGGUGCCCAGUUCCCAUCAGCACAAGUGAAAAUCUAGGUGCCCAGCCCCCACUGCAGACACUGAGAUCAUCAGCCUGAGCCCAGCACCUGCCUCACUGGGUGCCCAUUAUAUAGUACAGCCACAUCCUCCCACCUAGCAUAAAUUGGGUAUUGGGGGACAGGUUGUGGGCAGAAGAUUGUCCCACGCGAGGCCCUGGAAGCUGUCACUGAGUUUUGUUUCCUUGCUGCUUCUUGCAAUAAAACACU